GUAACAACCAGUAACGUGUAUCGGCGACAUCUAUAGGGUAAAAACAAAAUCGUUCUAUUCCUCAAAUUAGGUUUCUGUUUCGGAGUUCAAAAAUCUCUCAUAGAGUCAUAGAUGCCACGGCCUCAAUCAUUUUUAACUUAUAGAUUAUAAGGUUACGUUUAUCUAUUACUUCACGAAUGAAAGAAUAAAGAAUAUUUUCAAACAUGAGUGUGGAAGUGGUUCGAAAAGAUCCCUCUGAUCAUCCUAGUUGCACUCACGGUCCGACCUUAUUGUUUCUGAAGCAUGUCGGUUCCUCAAAAGAACGUUUUUAUGCGUGCUCUGCAUGUCGGUCACGAAAGGACUGCAGUUUUUACCUUCCAGAAAGCAAUAUACGCAAAUACAACAAAAAUAAAUGGAAAGAGAGGCAGAAACAAUUUGUAUCAGCAGUAAAUCAUCAUGACAAGUUAGCUGUUUUGAGAGAGAUUCGAAGUCUACCUAGUCAACAGCGUUUGUUGUGCUAUAGUUGUGAUACGCUACUGAAAAUAAGCGAAAAGGGAAAACAUGAUGGACACAGCCUUUUAGAAACUAUCUCAGAUCAUCAGCUUGAUCAUCCUUUGGAGAUUUUGCCAGCUUUAGAACAAGAUGAAAAAGAAGCGCAGUAUCUGUUCUCACAAGCUUCGGUUGAUACUAUAGUCAGUAUUUUCAAGAAUCUAGGAUUAAGUAAUAUCAUCUGCAUUGGAACUCCAAAAAUACAUGAACAUAUCCAAAAUAAUUGUGAGGAUAUGUCUAGUAUACUUCUUGACUUUGAUAAAAGAUUCCACAACUUCUAUCCUCCAACACAGUUUGGUUGGUAUAACUUAUUCAAUCAUCAUUUUUUUCUGCAAGAAGCCAAAGAAGUGUUUGAGGAAUACUUGAAGUUACAUAGUUUUAGCAAUGUCACUCUGAUAAUGGAUCCACCAUUUGGUGGUCGCCUAGAACCAAUAAGUAUCAGUCUAGAAACCAUCUCUAAAAGUUUACAAAAAUACCAUGGUGAAGAACAUAACUUGUUAAUAUUUCUCAUACUCCCUUAUUUCAUGGAGCCUCAUGUUUCAAACUACAUACCUGAACUCAAAAUAUGUGAUUAUAAAGUGGAAUAUAAGAAUCACAGUGACUUCCAAAAUGGGCCUGAGGGUAAAAAGUAUGGAUCUAUAGUGAGAAUUUUCACAAAUGCAGAGCUCAGCUUGGUGAAAUUGCCAGAAUAUGGGUACAAAUAUUGUAAACCUUGCAAUAAAUGGGUGAGCAAAGAGAACACUCAUUGUGCAAAGUGUAAUAAUUGCACAUCAAAAAAUGGCUCCACCUACAAACACUGUUCAUUAUGCAAGAGAUGCGUCAAAUCAACUUGGCAACAUUGCAAACAGUGCAAAAGAUGUGCUCUUGUUGACCAUACCUGUAAGGAGUUGGAAUUUACAAGGAAAUGUUUUCAUUGUCAAGGAGAGGGACAUAAAAGAGCUCAGUGUCCAUUACUACUGUGUUCAGAAAUAAGCGAUGCUGAGAUGAGAACAAAAGGUGGAAAACGUAAAAGGAAAGAUACAAGUGAAAUAGGGACAAAACGUAAAAAACGGACAAAGAAAAUGAGGAAAUCGUGAUGUAUUUUUAUUUUAAGUACAGAUCUGUGUUGAAAACAGAGUAGCAUCAAUAAAUAUAACAGAGAGUUCUAAAU